UCGCCAGACAGCUCGCCGCUUCGGUUGCAUCCGGCGGCAGUUCGCAGUCGUCUUCUAAAGCAAGCUCAUUAGUCUCUCAGCACUCGGCCGGGACACUUUUUCGUGGAUCAAGCUCGCAGAUAUUGUGUGUCCCGUACCAUAAACACCUUUGUCUCCUCCUUUCUCACCCCAUUCGUCGCUAAAACCCCUUUCAACAUUAUAACGACGAUCAGUCUUUGACUCUGAACAAAGUUUGCGCAGAGUGCUCCUCCCGUGUUCCAAACAGGACUAUCUUGCCGCGAGGGGAUGCAAUCGAAUUCGAUGGGUUGCAGUGCACGUGUUAGUUGACUGUCGCGGAGCAUCGAACCCCACACGACCACGCGUCUCUCCCUUUUAUUCGAAGGACCUACGCAAGGUCCAAAACGUUUAGUAUCCUCCAGGAGGGAUUUCCGUCCGUUUCUCUGUGAAGGUUCACCAGUUGGUUGAUGGUCGGGUGUCAGGGUAGAGAUAUUUUACCGGAGGAAAAUUCUGUAUAAAGAGAAUAUAGUUGAUUCGGUCGAAGAGGAAGAACGGAUCCAGAUAGGGAGGAUCGAAGCGGCUGGAAGGAGGACUCGGGCGGGUUAAGGUCGUCGACACGACGACGCGUCGCGUACGGGGCGGAACGGGAAGUCAGAAGACGGGGACGCUAUCGAGGACGGCCGAUGGUCGAAACAACGUCGAUCCAACGGUUCGCGAUCAAGUUCCCGAUGCUGCAGCCACCGUCUCCCUUAUUGGAGAUGGCAUCCCUGCGUCUGCCGGACUCGGAGGAGUUCGACGUCGACACGCGUCGUAGAAGUAACAACGGUAACGUUCAGCCUACGACCGUGUCGGCGGUGCCACCAACUACCGGCACCCUCCUACAGAUGAGGAACGAUCUGGGUGAUUAUUUGAACAAUCUGAUCGCGGAGGCCAUCACGACCAAUCCAAGGACGUCGAUGGAGGAGCACGGUGGACUUUUGAAUGCUAGUAAAACGGCGAACCUGUCGACCGCCGAACAAAUACCCGACCGUCUGUACAGGCAUAGCAUGGCUAUGUCGGCGGUUUAUUGUGUCGCCUACGUCCUGGUCUUCGUCGUCGGUCUGAUCGGGAAUAGUUUCGUCAUAGCGGUAGUGUAUCGGUCCCCGCGGAUGAGGACCGUCACGAAUUUCUUCAUCGUCAACCUUGCUGUUGCUGAUGUCCUCGUCAUCGUGUUCUGCCUACCGGCUACUCUGAUGAGCAACAUAUUUGUCCCAUGGUUCCUGGGAUGGUUUAUGUGUAAAGCAGUAGCUUAUAUACAGGGCGUUUCCGUGGCGGCUUCUGUCUACAGCCUUGUUGCGGUUUCCUUGGACAGGUUCCUGGCCAUCUGGUGGCCACUGAAAUGCCAAAUAACGAAGAGGCGUGCCAGGAUGAUGAUAGUCGUGAUCUGGUUCAUCGCUUUGACAACUACAUCACCAUGGCUGUUAUUCUUUGACCUGGUCGCCAUUUACGACGACGAUCCAGACCUAAGACUUUGCCUGGAGGUGUGGCCCCACCCGGAAGACGGCACUCUCUUCUUCUUGAUCGGCAAUCUUACGCUCUGCUACGUACUUCCCACGAUUCUAAUCUCUCUCUGUUACAUACUGAUAUGGAUCAAGGUCUGGCGAAGGCAUAUACCAACUGACACGAAAGACGCCCAGAUGGAGAGGAUACAGCAAAAGUCGAAGGUGAAGGUGGUGAAGAUGCUGGUAGUCGUGGUGAUCCUCUUCGUCCUCUCGUGGCUGCCUCUCUACGUGAUCUUCACGGUGAUCAAGCUCGGCGGUGACGCUGUCGAAAGGGAAGACGAAAUCCUGCCAAUCGCGACGCCGAUAGCUCAAUGGCUCGGCGCUAGUAAUUCAUGCAUUAAUCCGAUUCUGUACGCGUUCUUCAACAAGAAAUAUCGUCGCGGCUUCGUGGCGAUCCUGAAGAGCGGACGUUGCUGCGGCAAGAUCAGGUACUACGAGACGGUAGCGAUGAUGUCCUCGUCGACGAGCAUGAGGAAAUCUUCGUAUUACGUGAACAACAACAACAACAAUUCCUCGACCAGGCGUACCUUCCACGGACCACCGGUGCACCAGGAGAGCAACGUGUCCUACAUAUUCAAUCACACUGGCGUCUAAAUCAACCGGCUUGUCGUGGAGAUGUUGAUGUUCGGGUAUUCCGAGGCUGACUGCCCGGAACGGGCUUCAAAGUGAGCCGGUCCGAGAUUCUGGGUCACGCGUGAUCGCGACGAUUGUCACUCGGAUCGGAAGUCGCCGACACGAGGUUCAACGAUGAUACCCAGCGUUGUUCUAUCCGCGAAUGUAUCGCCCGUUUCUUCAGCCGCGUUCGUAUGUGAUACGACGCGGCUAUCCCGGGAGCAUUUCUGGCUCCCGGUUCCUGUGUUGUUAUCGACGAGGAGAAACAACGUUUCUCGGCUACCGUCAUUUUCUAUUCUCACCGCGUUGUAUAUUCUAUUUCGUUAAGAGUAUAAAAAUCAGCUCUCUGCUCGCCGUUGUCACGGAUUCCUUGCUCGAAAUCACGUCCGUCGGAUAGGCUUCGCGAGGCUUUCCCCACCCCCCUUUUCUUUUUCACGAACAUCUUUCUAGAUUUCUAAGGAAUCCACGAACAAAGAGGGACCGAGUCGUUUGAUUGUAAUUAGCGAGAUAGGUGACAGGGGCGGGUAGGGGGAACGCGAGAAUAGGCGAAGUAGGUAGUUGCAGGGGGGUGUUUGAUCGACGGUUAACCUGCGAUAAUUAGUCGUUCGUGAUACUCGCCGAUCGUAACUCGGAUACAUUCAAUUAAUUUCGAGAGAGUAGUUGAGCACUCGACACGCUCGUCCAUUAUAAUUGCACGUCGUUCCCGUCGAAGGGUGGGAAGGGUGCGCGAAGAAAAAAAAAAAAAUGAUAAAAAGCAGCGCGCACCGUCGACUCGUCUCGACGAUUUACUACUCGUAAGUCUUUAGGCUAUUGCAACACAGAAAUUUAUCCGUGCAUUGCAUGCUGCGAUUUAAGCGACACUAAUUGCAUAACACCUAACGUUACCUUACACACAAGUACCGGUAUUAGCCGUGUACUAGAGCGAACGAGAGGAAAUAUGAGACAGAGAGAGAGAGUGAGAGAGAGAGAGAGAAAGAGGACGAGCUAUAUAGUUAAUCGAACUUUGAUUAAAACACUACCUCCGCAUAUGAGAAAAAAGCAGAUAACUACGUAUUAUACACUUGUACUUAUUACCGUAGCACGGUCGGCUCCAACAAGUAAUAUACACAUACAUAUAUAUUUUCUUAUCGGAACGUUAGAACGAUCUAGUCGUUUUUUGGGGACUUCUUAUGGUGCCAUUAUAUUGAUACACGCCUAACACGGUUUAUCGUGAUGAUUAAGAUUAAGCUGAUCCUGCGUGUGUCGACCAUGCGGAACAGAAUGCGCGGGACGCGCCUAGUUUAAUUGAUCCAAUCGAACGAUUAACGCGUUCACUGCAAUACGGCCCAUAUAGAAUCCAUGUCACAAUUCUGGUAUAGGAAAUUCUUUAUUCAAUAUCAGUUUGCAAACUAAGCUGAUAUUUCCAUCAAUUUUCCACUAUUUCCAUCAGAAUCUCUCUAUAUCUGAUUUUCUUAUUUGAAGCAAUGUUAAAGGGUUGCUAUUCUAAAUCGAAUUGGAAAUAAUUGAAAUCAAUAGAAGAGGAAAGGUACAGCAGUGAACGUGUUAACAGUUAACAAGCUUUCGUCUUUAUCAGCGUUGCCGGGCUCCACCCAACUAAUCCUCGUUCAUCUCCCACCACAUCUCCCCUCUACACCCAAACUAUCCAUCCGUCUGUGUGUCUACAUUCUACAUACAUAUAUGACCCGGAGAAAGGCGAAAGUGACCGACUUACCGUUUUGUCUCGGAUUAUUCUCAAUCGAUUACGUGUGCGACGAAUUAACGCGGUCACUGGCGACAAUAACGAUCUAUUACGCUCCGGGAGGGCAGCUCCUGUUACGAGCUAGUUCAGAGACCAUGUUAUUACGUACCAGCGACAAAUGAUCGACAAGGAAGCCGUUGUUUUUUUUCAUUUCUAUUCAAUUUCAUUCAUUUAUCAGAAAUCAUUGAAACAUGUCAGGUAAAAGGCAGAGGAUCGUCGAUCAUUUGCCACACGCACGUGUUCGUGUUUCUUAGAUCUCUUCAAUCGUAGGGAAAUUAUACAAGCAUACCUACUUGUUCGUUGACCGCAUCUCGUUUGAAUCCGCGGAUAACGGAGAAAUGGAACACGGAUUCUUCGAAAAGAAGAGAACGAACAAUGUGACGAUCGAGAAUGGACAAUUCAGGAAUUGUUCCUUGCUAGCGGCUUCUAACGAGGAUCUCAUUGAUCUUUUACGAGACUUCAAUCGGCCAUUCACGUAGCACUCUUCCUCGAGGCUGUGGAUCGUUUCCCACGCGAAUGAUCCGGGUGAAAAAGAUGAAAAAAUAGUACCUAAUUGGGAGUCAAAGAAACUGUCGGUAGUGAUGGGUAACGAUCACUUUGAACGUGGCAAAAAUAGUCGGAUUUUCGAAUCGUUUUAAAUUAUUUAUCAUUCCAACAUUUCUUACACGGUGACAAAUUAAAUUUAAUUUUAUAAUUUUUAUCAUUUUUAUUUCACGAAAAUUUGCCGUUUACGAAUGUUAUCGAGUGUCUAAUACCCAUCACUGGAACCGCUAUGUCAGUUCGACUUCCAAUGAUCAACGAAGACCAGACAAGAUGGAAACAGAAGAUUUCACGGUAGUCGCGUUGUAAUUACUGGUGAGAAUUAAGAAGAAAAAAAAAAAAAAAAAAUCGAACCUUUAUAAGAAGUAAUGUGGUACGUCGUAAGAGCUGCGGGGUUUUAUGAUAGAACAACUAUUUUCGUAAGGUUUUUAUACGUGGCGAGACAGGAUCUAGAUGUAACAGAAAACGUGCGAUGUAAAAAAGAAAAAAAUGUAGACGGUCGUGAGAUAAGUACUUAUUCAUAUCGAUAUUGCGGCUCAACGAUGCCAACAAACAAAUACAUAAGUCGCCUGACGGUUCUCUUAGCGUAAGGGGACAAUUGUUAAGAAUAGAACCACGGUACGACGAACGUGGGUGACGAGAAGAAGCAACAGAGAUUCAGAAAGUUGCUGAACGAAGGGCACACGUCGAGGAAUAUUAUCGCAAUCUCGAGAAGCGACUGUAUACGUACUAAAAACGUGACUAAGCAUCUAAGUUAACGAUCUAAACCGUAAGGAUGUAACAUUUAUAUUAUAUCGUAUACUUGUACACACGUGAAACUAUACGUCUAUCUGCUGUCUCUAUGUACAUAUGUAACUAAUCGUAUAUAUAAGUAUGUAUAUCGUUGCUAUGUUGUUUAUCGUAUACAACGCCGCUGUCUUCGUUCUUAUUCGUUGUUUUAUCGGGAAUUAUAAGUCUCAUUGAUUCGGAUCGUUGCAAGUGCUCGUUGUUUGUUGGUUGAAUGUUACGAGAUACAUUUCCUGCAUUUAUGAUAGGAAAAUAUUAACUAACAGCGUUCUGAAAGGUCUUUGCGUGAUGAGUAUCAUUUUUUUUUUUUUCUUUCUUAAUAGAACCGUAUAUAUUUUAAUAUAUUUUACAAAAGAAUAUUUGGGAAUAUUUAUGCGGUACUGUUCAUAUAUUUUCUUUUGGGUUAUUCCUAUUAUACAUAUACAUACUAAUGAUUUGAAGCAGUGAAUUAAUAUUCAUCUGUUUUCAUAUUUAACGUCGUUGUAAAUGAUAUUGUUGAUACUGUAAAUACUCCAGCGUUUGAUACAUUUCAAAUAAUGUGGUCUGUAAUAUCGUUGGCGUUUUAAAUGCUGGACAUUCAUCUGCUGUUAUUAAUAUUUGUUCCGGUAAUGCUGGUCACGCCAUGACCUUUCCAAUGGAACAGAAACAGAGGAGAAUGUAAUUGGUUAAUUGUAUAUAUCGGAAAAUUUGCGUGACGUUUAACUGGCCUGGUUCAUUUUCUUAAAUGAAAUAUAACGUUUACUUCAUCGUCUCCAAUCGAAGAGAUUGCACAUUUAUUCUCGUACAAAUGCACGGUUUGAUUCUAAAUUUGGUCUGAGAGCUUGAGAGAGUACACAGAAUAUUUCUGGUUUUUCCUGUGAAUAGAAGUAGGGACAAAGUGGUAUUAGAUGAAUGCAAAAGUUUUUGUAAUGUCGUCUGGUGGAGAACCUAGGUACUCUCUGUAUAUUGUGUAAUAAUUUAUAGGCGUAUAACUUAUUUGCUGAUUCUAAUUGUAAGUAUUUUGCAUAUUUUAUGUAAGUGAAAUCAUGAAAAAUUCAUGGAAAAGUGAUAUGUGAAGGAUUUCUACACUUUCAUUUUACCGACUGUACCACUUGAGUAGUAUCAUUUAAGAUUCUCUAAUAAUUAAUUCUAAUUAAAAAAUGCGAAAUUAUUUUUAAUUUAAUCUAAAGGUCGACUUUGAAGAAAACUUUCUGCAUAGAAAUUAAUCAAACGUUUCAAAUGAAUGUAACACUUUUAAUUAACAACAGUGAAGCAACGAUUUGUAUCUGUCGUUCAGUUUUGUAAAAAUCUUUACCUAUGUGCGCAUAAUACAUACAUAUAUAUUUUCUUCUCUUCGUGUGAUUAACGCUGCAAUCCAUAAAUUUUCUCGUUGGAAUACCUUGUAAAAAGAAAAGUCAUCACGUCAUUGAAAUACUUCAUCGAUGACACGAGUGCAUAGCGUUUAUCAAAGUCGACUUGUGUGAAAUGAAAAAAUUAUCAAUGAAAUGUUUGUACAAAACAAGGACAUAUUUCUAUUAAUACAGUUAUAGAUAAUUUACCGAGUCACAUUACAAGAAUAACAUGCUCUCAAUUUCUACAUACAUACAUUAUGUACCAAACUUAGAAUCAUUCUGUCGUAAGGUUUAGUGUAAGAAAUAGUCACGAUUCAUUAAGAAAUAAGUGAUUCAUUAACCUGGCUAAUUAAUUGUCAAGCCAGCAUUUCCUAACACAACAACAAUUGGGUUUGCAAACGAGAUUGAAUCGAUUAUCAACUAAUCUCCAGCUCCGUUCCUAUGCUGUCGUUCACGGCGGACGAAUACAUAUAAAAAUAAAAAAAAAUAUUGUUGAAUGAAAGUUUUCAAAGUACGCAGUCGGUCGAUGAUUCGUUUUAGCUUACGCGUUUUAUAUAUUUAUUUUUUUACGCGGAUGAAUAACUGGAGAAUUGUAGUGUAUACCUUUCCAACAUAAGGGAGAAAUUGGCAUAAAAAAUUCUUUUAACGUCUAGGUAAUUAUUCGAAUCGUAUUUACAAAAUUUCUAGUGCAAAGGAUUAUUAAUUAAUUGCAUAAGUUAAGAGAAAGCUACGGUCCUUGGUUAUUGUUCCAACUUACAACGGGAUAACUGAAAGUCUUGUUUAUGAUACAUUGAUCCUUUGAUAAUCUGCAGAUUACAGAAUCAUUGUAAUUUCUAUAAAUUUUCAUUUAAAACGAGUUCGUGUUAAAAAUUCUUGCGUUAUACAUAUAGAUCGUAAGGGUAAGAAGCAAAGUAUGCAUCGAUCGUGAAAUCGAUACUCGAUCGCACACAUUCGACGAAGCACAAAUUCUCCGACAUUUGUUAGCCAUAGGCAGCAAUAUUUUUAACGUUUCAGCACAAUUAUUGAAGUUAUUGUUUAUUGUUAAUCUAGAGAAAAGUAUUUUGAGUCUCGUGAUUCUCGAAUAUUAGAUUGUUGCAGAUAAAACGAUCAAUUUUUAAUUAAUUAAAUUGUAGUAAAUUUGCAAAUUGUUAAAAAUUAUAUAGUAAAAUUAAUGGGUUUUUAUUCGAGACCAUACAAUUCCAUAUUGGAAAUUUAUACCUCGUUUAUAAUAAUUAACAGCCAUCCAUUUUGUAAUAAGAAUAUCAAUGAAACCCUUAUGUAAUUCUUUUUGUUGUACUUUAAGAUUUAAUUUAGUGUGCCAUAAGUGCUAUUUUGCAAUACUUUUAUGUCAUCAAAUUUUAUCAGACUUCAAUAACGUUGAAAUCGAUCGUUUGAUAUGCAACAGCCUAGUAGGUAUCAGAAUUGAGAUCACUUCCGUUUUGUCGCUAUUAUGUGACAUUCUCUUAGUUUAUACAAUUACGAAAUGCAACAGCACAAAGAAAUCGAAUAGCGAUUGAUCGAUUACAUUGUUUUCCUAUGUGGGACGCUUGUAAUCUUGCACGCUUGACCGGUCAUUGGGAAGACAUUUACAUUUCGACGGAUUUGAAUUGACACUGUUUAUUGCCGAUAUGUUGAUUGUACAAUAUGAUUAAAGUCUUUUUUUUAAAUGUUAAACGUGAAGGGGCCAAUGCAUCGUGGUUUCGGAAAAAUUUCGAAGACUUCUUGAUCAUAUGCGAAGCUAAACGCGUAUUUCGUGCGAAAAUUCUUGACACUUUUUUCAUGUAAAAAUUCUACGAAAAAGGAAAAGAUGAAAAUUUUCGAACGAAAUUUUCUUAAAACUUUCCAACGUGAACGAUGGCCGCAAGAGUCUCUACAUCUUUGACGAUUCAUCGAAUAUUUUUCUAUGCAAUUCGAUUAGACUUUUCGAUGCGAAGCGUGUAAAUAAACGAUAAUUUUAGAGGAAUAUUGUAUUAUAUCAUUAUCGACGUAUUAUUAAAUGAUUUAUUAUCGAUUUACAUGGAAAUUUACACGGGCUAAGGUAACCAAAUAUUUCUCUAUAAAUUUACAAUAAAAAAUUGAAGCUUCGAAUAUUUCGAAGAACGAUGGAACUUCGGAAUGUUACAGAUUAGAGAAAUACUGUGUAUAAUAAGCUUCUUAUUCUAUUAUAAUUACUCUGACGUAACUUUUGCAAUUUUUCACUUUUUUCCACCAUUUGCGUCGGUACAGUUUUCACAACUAUACUUCUAGAGUUUACAUUGUAACUUUUUAUUAUAGUCUUGUGUUUAUUACAGUCUAAGGUACCUUACGAUUCUCCUUUUGUUGAAAUAUCUUUGAUAAAUCACUUCACACUAAUUAAAUGCGAUAAAAAAGAAGGAGAAACAGGAAAAGACAGGUCUGUAACAGAAUUGCCUCGAAAACGAAUGUUCAUGUAAUGAUGAUCAAGUUUGAGCAUUUUUUUAAUCAAACAUUCUGUUUAAAAAAUAUGAUUGAACUGUGAUCUGUUGUCAGGACAGUUUAUCAAUGCAGCCUCUCGUUAACGUAGAAAUAUAAAAAACACCGUUUCCAGUCACCGUUUCGAGCUUUACACGUUAUUACAAAACAAAAACGUAAUUAUACCGAACAAGUAUCGUUAAGCCGUACAGUUUCUAAUUUAUCUUCGAUUUCCUUUCAUCGAUCGUAAUUAGGUUGACACGUGUAAUUCUCAAAUAGACAUAGAGGAAAUCGCUUUCGUGAGGAUCUCAGCGUUUAGAUGAACACUAUCAGUUAACCGUAGGAAAAAAAAUUAGGAAUAAAUAAAAAAAAAUAAAUAAAAGUUAAACCAUAUAUUAACGUAUGUACGUUAAGUUUAAGUGCUAGAUUUGGAUAGCUUCGCUUGAUCAGCUUUCACGAAACGAAAUUAAAACAGGAAUUGGUUGCGGUGAUCAACGGUGAUCUAAAUAAAGUGAUCAUUUUGCACGUAUUGUAUUUAAUGAAACGUUGCGAUUGCCCUUUAAUAGUUUCACGCAUUUCGAAGGAAUGGCAAUAAAUAUUAUAUAUACAUAUAAUAUGUAGUUGAAGACGACGAGAGGAAAUGCACCGAUUUCUUUCUUCAGUUGAACGAUUCGAGGAUCGAGUUUGUCGGAGGACAAACUUAUUCAGCUUAGACAGAAUUCUGCUCUCUUUGAUAAUAAUGUACAGUAUGUCGAGAAAAUCUUUGUACACCCUUUUCAGAAGUUAUUCAAUGUUCCAUCAUUUCGGUCGAGAGGAUAAUGAAUAAACGAUAUUUAUUUUGUGUAA